GCAAAUCCGAUGGUGAUGUCGCGCACACCGGAGAAGGUGUCCAAGAUCGCACCCAAGGUGUUCAUUGUGUCGAUGUUUGAGCCCGAGACGGAGAUAUGGUGGGGAAUUCCUGAAUUCGACUUGCUUGCCCAUAACAUUACUGUUCCAGGGCUGUCACCCAUUUACCCCGAUGUCCACUGCACCCAUUUACCCCGAUGUCCACUGCACCCCGGACUACGAUGUCUGUCAACUCACCACUGGAGAGUCCGAGAUCAAUGCCGCGACGACCAUCAUGGCUCUGACAUUGUCGCCUCUGUUUGACUUGCGCAAGACCUACUUCUUCAUCGCCGGCAUUGCCGGCGUUAACCCCGAAAGGGCCACCAUCGGCUCUGUGACUUUCGCCCGGUUUGCCGUCCAGGUUGCCCUCCAGCAUGAGAUCGACCCCCGCGAAUUGCCGGCCAACUACUCCACUGGAUACAUUCCGCAGGGAUCUUAUCUUCCCAAUCAAUUCCCAGGUAACAUCUACGGCACCGAGGUGUUCGAAGUGAACGACGACCUGCGCGCCAUAGCAGUAUUAUUCGCUCAGCAGGCCAAACUUGCCGACUCCAGUGCGGCUCAGGUGUAUCGUGCCAAAUAUGCGACUCCAGACGGCCAGAAAAAAAUUGGCGCGCUACCACCGUCCGUGGUCAAAUGCGACGUCGCAACAUCCGAUGUCUACUAUAGCGGCAACAUUCUAAGCUCUGGUUUCGACAAUAUCACAAGCGUAUGGACCAACGGAACUGGUCAAUAUUGCUCCACGGCGCAGGAGGACAAUGCAACUCUCGAGGCGCUCCUGCGCUCCUCCGUCCGGAACCUGACCGAUUUCUCGCGCAUCAUCGUUAUGCGCACCGCCUCAGACUUUGAUCGCCCCCAUCCCGGCGAGGAGGCCGUCUAUCACCUUCUGUACGCCAACCAGGGCGGAUUCAAACCCGCCGUGCAGAACAUCUACCUUGCAGGUGUCAAGGUAGUCGAGGGUAUCUUGAGUGGAUGGAACACUACCUUUGCGGCCGGUGUCACGCCUAGCAACUACAUUGGCGAUAUGUUUGGGUCGCUUGGAGGCACACCAGAUUUUGGACCUGGCCGGCAGCUGUCCCUGGCCGACGCGGGAGUCCUGAGGAAGAGAGGGUUGCCCAAGGUCAGAUUUGCAUGAUCAGACGAUGUUUUGGAUACGGAUAUGCCAUUGGAUAUUCCUUCUGGACUGAAAUGUACGGUAUAAUGUAAUGAAGCAGAAUUCCAUGUACGAUAAUAACGCUCAUAUAUGGAUGCAAUGGAAUACUUACUCUUGCCCACACCGCCUACCUAAACCGAGUCCCC